AAAAACAACAAUCGUACCACGUGGGGCGGUGACGUCAGAGACCGACAACAAGCGAUUGGGAAGACCGAAGCCAGCGAUUCUCAGAGAGACGAACCGCGUCCGUUGGAGGUUUGUGCUGGUCUUUCACCUGCCGGACACCGGGUCACGUGCUCAGCCUGUGUUUGCGCGGGAAGACGGCGAUAUAAGCUCUCCCUCAUGUUGCUACAAGAGACCAGCGCUGGAGACCGCCUGACACGAGCGGCUGCCAGGGGAGACCUAACAGAAGUGAAAAGGCUUCUCCAUGAAGAGAGGAUCCACCCUGACUGCCUGAACUGCUUUGGGAAAACUGCUCUGCAGGUCAUGAUGUUUGGCAGCACCCCAGUUGCAUCGGAGCUUUUGAAACAAGGCGCCACUCCUAAUAUUCAAGAUGCAUAUGGCACCACCCCUGCUCAUGAUGCUGCUCGCUGCGGUUUCCUCGACACCCUGCAGGUUUUAGUCCAACAUGGAGCAGAGGUGAACACACCUGAUGCCUCUGGCUCCCUACCUAUACACCUGGCCCUUAAAGCAGGUCAUGUACCUGUCAUUACCUACCUUGCCCUUAUCUCUGACCUUCAGCAACAUGAUCGGGAAGGGCAUACGCCAUCACAGUUGGCCGCCAUCUUGGAUCCUCGUCUGGCUUCCAUAUUUGAGCUCAGCACAUAGAGGAAACACCCAAAGUUGUCCAAACAUGCCAUAAGAACAAUUAAGGUGCUCAGUUUCUUUUUUCCUAGUGCAAUGCAUAGUAGUGUGUAGAUACUCAGUAUUAUUGUAUAGUUCAGCAUGUUUGUUACUGACUGCGGAGAGCUGCAAUAGUACCAAUGCCCUAUAUAUUGUUCUAAAUACUGGGAACAACUGCAGCACCCUUCAAGGGAAGGGGAACAUUUGCUAGUGGUUAAAUGCUGUUGGUUUUAGGGUAAUAACGAUGCAUUAAUGAGCACUUCUUUGUGUACAUAUUUACAUACAUGUGGCCGGUUACGUGCAGUUUUUUAUUUUAAUACUCAGGUCAUGUUUAAUUAUUAUUAUUUUUUUGAAUUCUUCUUCCAUCUUUGAAGUCCUUGUCUUUCUGCAAUUACUUUAUACUUAUAUAUGUUUAUCUUUAGUGAAACUUUCUAAAUUACAAAUGCAUUUAUUAAAGAUUUAGAUACAAUCCACCCCCCCCCCCAAAUAUCAUUGGUAAAUCACGAUAAUUACAUGCCACAAAAAAGUAACCAAUUACUCUUCUCACGCUGUAUAGAACUGGCCAAUCUGAGAUCACUUUGAAUAAUUGCUGGAAAUGACAAUUUAACCCUUUCUUAUCCGUAUUAAUUUUCUUCCACCUCCAGUACAAAUAUAGUCGGGCUCAUUUACCAGUUUCCCUGAGGCUUCUCAUAUUGUGCAUUCUGAAUGAUGUGCAUAGCUGGGGGGGGGAUACAGGGGACACCCAGAUGCUGCUCACCUCCUUGCUUCUCCUGUAUACAGUGUUAUACACAGAGUCAGGUGCAGCUGUUUGUGCUCUUUUCUGGGAAUUCUGUGGCUCGGUGCAACCCAUAUUCCCUCUUCCUAUACUGUAACUUCUCAAUCUAUAACUUUUCCUUUCAACCACCGUUUCUCUUUAAUUUAUAUGCAGCUCUUGUCUCUUGCAGUACAAUUACAUUAAUGGCAUUAUAUAAAAAACCCUGUGUAAUUCCCCUAUUGCUGCAUCAGCAAAAUAAAAAAUGCCAUUCCAUGAAGCGGCACAGAGGAAUGUGGUUGUGGGUAGGCCCUGGCCCUGCAGAAAAACAAUUUCUCUCUUACUUCCCACAUAGAGUCGUUCUGAAAUGUGCUGAGACCUCCAUAGUCCUCUCGUUAGUCCUCUCAUUAGAGAUUCCUACAGUAGUGUGUAGGAGGGAGGCACAUGUCAGCACAGCUCAUCCACACAAUGCAGCUCGGGGGUUUAAGUGAUUGCCCAAUAUAUGACCCUACAACUCCAAUAGCACCUGAAGGGCCACAGGUUGGGCAGCACUGAUAUUAAGAACCCUGUUUCUUAAGUGCCUAACGAGUAACAUUUAGUGAUUUGCUACUCACUGAUUUCCGUUGGUUUUGGAGUUGCUUAUUUAUAAAGAAAUGGGAUUCUGCCAGGUCUCAAUUACACAUAAUGGGUUGUCAAACCACAGCCAUUCCAUGAGUCUACUAUAAUGAUGCUUUAUAAAUAUAUAUAAAUAUAGAGCCCAGGGUUUUACUGGUGCCAUCUUGCCUUCCAGUCUUGAUCCUUUCAGUCUUAAUCUUGCCCUACUGUAUAUGCCACUGUGGUGUCCUAUGUUGUGUAGGGCCACCCUGCCAAUUUGCACCCCAAUUAUAGACAAUUGUACCCAACUUAGAGACAGCAAUGCCUAUAGCUUAGGAUAAGGAGAAGCAGGGCCAACAGCCACUCAAACGGAUCCACAGGACCAGAGAGGAUUAGUUAAAAAAAUAUUUUUAGUUAAAAAAUGUAUAUAAUCUCCAUCCGCCCUACGCGUUUCGUACCCACUUGUCGCACUUAGUCAUGAGCUCAUCAACCUUUAAAAUAAGUAAAUGUAAAAUUGAUGAGGAGGCUAUUCUAAGAACUUUUGUAAUUUACAUUCAUUAUUUAUUUUCCUUUAAUUCCAAGAUAUUAAAGGAACAGUAAUGUCAAAAAAUAAAAGUGUUUUAAAGUAAUGAAAAUAUAAUGCAGUGCUGCCCUGCACUGGUAAAACUUUGCUUAAGAAACACUACUAUUGUUUAUAUAAAUAAGCUGCGGUGUAGCCAUGGGGGCAGCCAUUCAAAGGAGAAAAAGCUCAAGUUACACAGCAGAUAGCAGAUAAGCUCUGUCUGUCUAAUGGUGUUAUCUGUUAUCCAUUAGUUAACCUGUGCCAUAUAGCCGUUUUUCAAUUUCCGCCAUUGCUCCACAGCAGCUUGUUUAUAUGAACUAUAGUAGUGUUUCUGAAGCAAACACAUCAGUUUUACCAGGGCAGGGCAACAGUACAUUAUAUUUUCAUUACUUUAAAUCACUUACAUUUUUUGGUGUUACUGUUCCUUUAGGGAUACAUGUACUGUUAAUAUGAAUGAAUUUUGUUACAACAGCACCACCUGCUGGUCAGUUUCCCACCAGUCUGACCACCAAGUAGUCAAGGAAGUUGUCAGGAGAAAGAAAGAGGCAGCUCUGAUGUUCUUCUGCUUAGGAAAAUAAUUAGAAACCUGUAACAAAAUUCAUUCAUAUUAAAAGUACAUGUUUCACUUAAUAUCUUGGAAUAAAAAGAAAAUAAAUAAUGAAUGUAAAUUACAAAAGUGUUUAGAAUAGCCCCCUCAUCAAUUCUACAUUCACUUAUUUUAAAGGUUUACUUAUCCUUUAAUAGAUGACUGGGUGUAUUUCUGUGUUGCAAUGAAUUUCCCCUCCCAAUUCAGAAGAUCCCGGCAGCCCUGUGCUCCUGCUGUUGAUCCCCCACGCCAUGUAUUCAAGAUACGGGAUGAAACCUUGCACCGACUGCACAUACCGCAAACUGUACUUUUUCUCUCCCAUCGUUUGUGUUUCUGUUUUUUUUUUUUUUUUCUUUAACAAAUGAAUUUUUCCGCAUUUAGAUCUUUGGACAAAGCUUUUGGUUUUUGAAAAAAAUGAAUUCUAUUUAUUGAGCAUUUGAAGGAACUGUUUGUAUUGUUUUUUUUUUAACUUUUAAAUUAAUAUUGGUGGACUUGAAUAUUUGCUUGUUUUUAUGUGUUUUUGGUUGAAGUUUAAUUUAUAGAUGUGAGCGACAGUUUGAAUUGAUAUUAAUAUUGCAACCGUCAUCCUCCUCUGUUUUAAAGAUGAAUUUAAAGGAAAACGAAUAAAUGAAUAUCGCUGUGAA